AUGAGUAAGUUUACAGAGGAGCAAGCUAAUGCUGUUAAUGCAUCCAUUGACCAUCCUAUUGCUAUUGUUGCCUGUCCCGGAUCUGGAAAAACGUUCACAAUUAUUCAUCGUAUUGCGCAUCUCAUUGAAUCCGGAAUUAAACCGGAAAGGCUACUCGUGAUUACAUUCACCAGAAAGGCAGCCCAAGAACUAAGACAAAGAUUAACAAAUAUGGGCUUAGAAGUCUCAAAAUUAACGGUCUCCACUUUUCACUCAUUCGGACGAACCAUUGUUGCUAAAUAUGGUUCUCUCAUUGGGAUACAAAAGUUUCGACUGAUUACAGAGAACGAACAAUAUCAGAUUUUAAGUUCUUAUCUUCCACAACCAGAAAUCGCUGAUAGAAAGCAAUUAUUACUCGCUCUUCAACUAUACAAAGUAACAAAGAAAUGCGAAAGUGAAGAACUGUCUUCAAUCUUCGAAAAAUACAUAGCCGAAUUAAAAUCAAAAGAAUUAGUUGAUUUUACAGACUUAAUAACAUAUCCAUUAGAGAUAUUACGUAAUAACCAAUACGCACUACAAUAUUACCAACGUAGAUUUGAAUAUUGUCUCGUUGAUGAAAUGCAAGAUGUAUCACAAACGCAAUUCGACUUAAUUCAUACUUUAUUUAAUAGUAAUGGACAUAUUACUGUUGUUGGUGAUGAUGAUCAAACGAUUUAUGGCUGGAGAGGUGCUGAUUCUUCAUUAUUAUUACAAUUCCAAGAAAAAUUUACAAACGCGGAAACAUUUACACUCAGUACUUGUUUCAGAUGUCCAAACUUCAUUAUUAAAGCAAUGUCAGAAUUAAUUAAAAAUAAUAAAAUUCGUGUCAAAAAAUCUAUAAAAUGUUCAUUGAACGAGCCGCUUGGGAAGAACAGAAUUAAGAUAUUAGGAGCGUUGAAUCAAGAAAGAGAAGCAGUUUUGGUUUGCAACGAAAUUGAAAAAAUAAAAAAUAAAAAACCGUUUGAAACAAUUUCGGUUUUGUUUAGGACGAGGAAACAAAGUUUGAAGAUCUUGGAAGAGAUGAAAAACAGGAGGAUACAAAUCUCUAAGAACAAACAGAAAUAUGAAGGUCAGUCUUUUGAUUUAAUCUGUAAUUUGCUGCUUUUAAUAUCUGAAAGAAAAUUUGAUGAAAAAAUUGUAAAUUCAGAAAUAAUCAAGAAAAUUUCUGCAACAAAUCAAAUUUCUGAAAUAGUUGGUAGAUACAAAGACAUGAGAAUCAAAAGUAUUAUUGAUGAUAUCGCGGAUAAACUCAAUCUAAAGGACAAUUUGAUAAAUGAUUUGAUUUCUGAAUCAGAAAAACCAGAAAAUUUGGAUUUAAAUCCAGGAGAUUUCGCUGAUGAACUGAAAUUUAAUCAGAAUGAAAUACAAGAGAAUAUAGACAAUGUUGUACAAAUGACAACUGUACACCAGGCAAAAGGUUUGGAGUGGGACAAUGUGUUUAUUAUUGGUUUGAAUUCUGGAAAUUGGCCGUCAAACAGAUCGAAAGAUAAAGAAGAGAAAAGAAGACUGUUUUAUGUAGCAAUGAGUAGAGCAAGGAAAAAUUUGUUUAUGUCUUUCUCGCAAUCAUCGAAACCUUCUCCUUAUUUAUCUGAAAUUUCUGAUUUUUACUUCGAUAUUUUUAUCGAAAAAGAAGAAGAAAAUCAAAUGGAGAAAAGCGACAAGAGUGAAGUGAAAAGUGACAAACCAAUAGAACUUCCAGGAUUUACAUCUGUUCGAAUGAUGAAUUCGAUGAAGAAAGAUGAUAAAACAGAGAAUGGACAGUUGAAAUUGGAUUUUGUUUCUGCGAAGCAAUCAGUUGAAAAUCAACCAAAAGUUUUCCAAGAUAUAUCAAUAAGAAGUCGUCCUCAUUUGGAUUUGAGAAUCAUUUCUCCUUUGUCUACUAACAAGGAAAAGAAGGAAGAAAAUGAAUCAAAAACUGAACAAAUAAAACCACUUGAAAUCAAAAAAGUGACAGGACCAUUAAGGUUAGGAGUAAGAAUGAUGCGUCCUGGACUUUCAAGUGGCAAUUCACAACAGUUCAAACCUCCAAAGAUGACACAAAAGAACUAA